AAACUUUUCUCUUUUUCUCUCAAGGCUAGAGUUCAAUUUCCCAUUCUGGGCCACAUAUCCCAUUACAAAAAAGGACUCUGGGCUCUUCUACCUCAGGCCACUCCAAUCGUUGUAAGCCCCCACAACCUGGAGUGCACAGAGACCAGACAGGUCCGCUCAGCCACGUGUUGCUCGGGGCAGUCAAGGUGACCCGUGGGGCAGGGCAACGCUUUGGGAGAGAGGUAGACUGAAACUGACGUCUAAGAGCUCACGUCUACUGAGGCCCGGCACAUUCACGUGAGGAGGUGAGGUGGGGGCGAGUUGCUUUGAGUCGAGCCGAGCAAAGCCGUGCAGAACACGCAGCAGUUCACGCUGCCCGGGCCAAUGGGAGCGUGGAAGGGGGCCAAGCUGGUGCUGGGAUGGGCUGCGCUCUUUUGGGCCUCCCUCCAGGCAGCACACGGUCAGAGCCAGGGCCAGGGCCAGGGCCAGGGCCAGGGUGUGGGCCAGCAGAGCCCCGGACAGGGCGACGGGGGCUACCAGGCCAGCCGCUUCUCCGGGAGGGCUGAUGAGGCACAGAGUCGCGUGCGCAGGAGGGGCCAGGACACGCUGAGGGGGCCCAAUGUGUGCGGAUCACGUUUUCAUUCCUAUUGUUGCCCGGGUUGGAAAACCCUCCCUGGAGGAAACCAGUGUAUUGUCCCCAUCUGCAGGAACUCCUGUGGCGAUGGCUUCUGCUCCAGGCCCAACAUGUGCACCUGUUCCAGCGGACAUCUUGCCCCCAGCUGCGGGGCAGGAGCUGGAGUGCAAUCCUGUGGCGUGAGGUGUAUGAACGGAGGCGUCUGCCAAGAGGACUCCUGCUCCUGUCAGAAGGGCUACACAGGCAACCACUGUGGCCAGCCUGUGUGCGAGAGUGGCUGUCAGAAUGGUGGACGUUGCAUCGGGCCCAACAGAUGUGCCUGCGUGUAUGGCUUCACCGGCCCACAGUGCGAGAGAGACUACCGCACCGGCCCCUGCUUCACGCAGGUCAACAACCAGAUGUGCCAGGGCCAGCUGAGUGGCAUCGUCUGCACCAAGACACUGUGCUGCGCCACCAUUGGCCGUGCCUGGGGUCACCCGUGCGAGAUGUGCCCCGCCCAGCCCCACCCCUGUCGCCGUGGCUUUAUCCCCAAUAUCCGCAGCGGUGCUUGUCAGGACGUGGACGAGUGCCAGGCCAUCCCUGGGCUGUGCGCUGGAGGGAACUGCAUUAACACCGUGGGAUCCUACGAGUGCAAGUGUCCCGCAGGCCACAAACAGAGCGACACUAACCAGAAGUGCGAGGACAUUGAUGAGUGCACCACCCAUCCCGGUAUCUGUGACGGCGGCGACUGCACAAACACCGCUGGCAGCUAUGUCUGCACCUGUCCUCGCGGCUACGUCACCAGCCAAGACGGUUCCAGGUGCAUCGACCAGCGGCUGGGCAUGUGUUUCUCGGCGAUGGCCAACGGGCGCUGUGCGGGCGAGCUGAGUGGCCAGUACACCAAGAUGCAGUGCUGCUGUGACGUGGGCCGCUGCUGGGCCGCAGGACACAUCUCCGAAGUCUGCCCUGUACGGGGAACUGAUGAGUACCGGCGCCUGUGCAUCCAGGGUCUGCCCUAUGCCACGGGUAAUGGAGGAGGCUAUCCCAACGGCGGAGGCUACCCCAACGGAGGAGGGAAUGGCGGCUACAACAACGGCGGCUACAGGCCCAACGGAGGUGGCAACGGGGGCGGCAACGGAGGAAACGGCAAUGGAUUUGGACCCGGCGGUGGCCUCCCAGAUAUUGGCACUGUGAAAGUGAAUGACACCUUCGACGUGUGUAAGCUCUUCACCAAGCUGUGCCUGAACGGCCGCUGCAUCCCCACCCCGACCAGCUACCGCUGCGAGUGCAACAUGGGCUACAGGCCGGACGUCCGCGGAGAGUGUAUCGAUGUGGACGAGUGUAUCAGCAACCCCUGUGUGAACGCAGACUGUGUCAACACACAAGGGUCAUACACAUGCAAGUGUCAUGAGGGUUACCAGGGCACCCCGACCAAACAGGCCUGCAUCGACAUUGAUGAGUGCAUCGUCAAUGGAGUCAUGUGCCGCAAUGGCCGCUGCGUCAACACGGAUGGAAGUUUCCAGUGCAUCUGCAACGCCGGCUUUGAGCUCACCCCAGAUGAGAAGAACUGCAUCGACCAUGAUGAAUGUGCCACCACCAACAUGUGCCUGAACGGCAUGUGCAUCAACGAGGACGGAGGCUUCAAGUGCAUCUGCAAGCCUGGCUUCACGCUGGCUGCCAAUGGGCGCUAUUGCAUUGACAUCGACGAGUGCCAGACGCCGGGCAUCUGCAUGAACGGGCGCUGCGUCAACUCGGAGGGCUCGUUCCGCUGCGAGUGCCCUCCCGGGCUGGCUGUGGAUGUGGACGGCCGCGUGUGCGUGGACACCCACAUGCGCACCACCUGCUACGGGGCCAUCAAGAUGGGCACCUGCUCGCGACCCUUCCCCGGCGCCGUCACCAAGUCUGAGUGCUGCUGCGCCGACCCAGAACACGGCUUCGGAGAGCCCUGCCAGCCUUGCCCUGCCCGCAACUCCGCCGAGUUCCUGGCGGUGUGUAGCAGUGGGAUCGGGAUCACGGCGGAUGGACGAGAUAUUAACGAGUGUGGCCUGGACCCUGACAUCUGCCAGAAUGGCAUCUGCGAGAACCUGCGCGGCAGCUAUCGUUGCAUCUGCAACAGCGGCUACGAGCCGGACUCAAGCGGCAAGAACUGCGUGGAUAUUAACGAGUGCAUGGUGAACCGCCUGCUGUGCGACAACGGCCUGUGCAGGAACACCCCCGGCAGCUACACAUGCUCCUGCCCCAAGGGCUUCGUCUUCAAGCCAGACUCCGAGACUUGUGAAGAUAUCGAUGAGUGUGAGUCCAGCCCUUGUGUGAACGGCGUGUGCCGUAACGUGGCUGGCUCCUUCAACUGCGAGUGUUCCCACGGCAGCAAGCUGGAUUCCACCAACACCGUCUGCGUCGACAGCAUGAAGGGUACCUGCUGGCUGAAUAUCCAAGAUGGCCGCUGUGAGGUGAACAUCAACGGGGCCACGCUCAAGUCAGAGUGCUGCUCCACGCUGGGCGCCGCCUGGGGCAGUCCUUGCGAACCCUGCGAAGUCGACACGGCUUGCCCCAAAGGUCUCGCUCGGAUGAAGGGCCUGGUCUGUGAAGAUAUAAACGAGUGUGAGGUGUUCCCCGGGGUGUGUGUGAACGGUCGCUGCGUGAACACUCAAGGAUCGUUCCACUGCGAGUGUUCCGAGGGCUUGACGCUGGACGGAGGUGGACGCACCUGUGUGGACAUGCGCAGUGAGCAGUGCUACAUGAAGUGGGACGAGGAUGAGUGUGUAGAGCCUCUGCCGGGUCGCUACCGUGUGGACAUGUGCUGCUGCUCGGUGGGCGCGGCCUGGGGGGUGGACUGCGAGGAGUGCCCCAAGGCCGGCACCCCCGAGUACAAGGCCAUCUGCCCCCGGGGCUCCGGCUUUGCCAACCGCGGAGACAUCCUCACCGGCAGACCCUUCUACAAAGAUGUGAAUGAGUGUAAGGUCUUCAAGGGCCUGUGCACGUACGGUACCUGCAGGAACACCAUCGGCAGCUUCAAGUGUCGCUGCAACAGUGGCUUUGCCCUCACCAUGGAGGAGAGGAACUGCACAGAUAUUGAUGAGUGCCGCAUCUCUCCGGACCUGUGUGGCCACGGUACCUGUGUGAACACGCCGGGCAGCUUCGAGUGCGAGUGCUUCGAGGGCUACGAGAGCGGCUUUAUGAUGAUGAAGAACUGCAUGGACAUUGAUGAAUGUGAGAGGAACCCCCUGCUGUGCCGCGGUGGCACCUGUCUCAACACGGAGGGCAGCUACGAGUGCGAGUGUCCCCCCGGCCACUCGCUCAGCCCGGAGGGCUCCGUCUGUGAAGAUGUGAAUGAGUGCGAGCUGAGUGACAAGCUGUGUAAGAAUGGCAAGUGUGUGAACGUGGUGGGCACCUACCAGUGCUCCUGUGACACCGGCUACCAGGCCACUCCGGACAGGCAAGGCUGCGUGGAUAUUGAUGAGUGUACUAUCAUGAAUGGCGGCUGUGACACUCACUGCACCAACUCGGAGGGGAGCUACGAGUGCAGCUGUAGCGAAGGCUAUGCUCUGAUGCCCGACCAGAGGACCUGCUCUGACAUUGAUGAGUGUGAGGAGAGCCCAGACAUCUGUGACGGGGGCCAGUGCACCAACAUCCCGGGGGAGUACCGCUGCCUCUGCUACGACGGCUUCAUGGCCUCCAUGGACAUGAGAACAUGCAUUGAUGUGAACGAGUGUGACUUGAACCCCAACAUCUGCCUGCAUGGGGACUGUGAGAACACCAAGGGCUCCUUCAUCUGCCACUGCCAGCUGGGCUACUUUGUCAAGAAGGGCUCCACUGGCUGCACAGAUGUGGACGAGUGUGAGAUCGGAGCUCAUAACUGUGACAUGCAUGCUGCCUGCGUCAACGUGCCUGGAAGCUUCAAGUGUCGCUGCCAGGAUGGCUGGGUCGGAGAUGGCAUUAAGUGUGUCGACCAGGAUGAGUGUUCGACGGAGGACCACAACUGUAACCCCAAUGCAGACUGCGUCAACACGCCCGGCUCUUACCGCUGCGCCUGCAAGGACGGCUUUGUGGGAGACGGAUUCUCCUGCUCAGACAUGGAUGAGUGCGCAGACAAUGUCAAUCUGUGUGAGAAUGGCCAGUGCCUGAACGCCCCCGGCGGCUACCGGUGUGAGUGUGAGAUGGGCUUCACCACCACGGAUGACAGCAAAGCCUGCCGAGAUAUUGACGAGUGCAACUUCCAGAACAUCUGCAUGUUCGGAACGUGCCAGAACCUUCCAGGAAUGUUCCGCUGUCUGUGCGACGACGGAUACGAGCUGGAUCGCAGCGGAGGCAACUGCACUGAUGUGAAUGAGUGUGCGGACCCUGUGAACUGCAUCAACGGCCUGUGUGUCAACACCCCGGGGAGCUACCUCUGCAACUGCCCUGCCGACUUUGAGCUCAACCCCACUGGGGUGGGCUGUGUGGAUACGCGUGUGGGUAACUGCUAUCUGGAUACGCUGGUGCGUGGUGAUGGGGGCAUCUCCUGCAGUGCUGAGAUUGGGGUGGGCGUCACCCGCGCCUCCUGCUGCUGCUCCCUAGGGGGCGCCUGGGGAAACCCCUGCGAACUCUGCCCACCCGUCAACUCAACGGAGUACAAAACGUUGUGUCCCGGCGGAGAGGGCUUCAGGCCAAACCCCAUCACAGUGAUCCUGGAGGAUAUAGACGAGUGCCAGGAGCUGCCCGGUCUGUGCCAGGGGGGCAACUGUGUCAACACCUUCGGGAGCUUCCAAUGCGAAUGCCCAGCCGGUUACUACCUGAACGAGGAGACCCGCAUCUGUGAAGACAUUGAUGAAUGCACAGCCCACAUUGGCAUCUGCGGCCCAGGAACCUGCUACAACACCCUGGGCAACUACACCUGUGUCUGCCCACCGGAGUACAUGCAGGUCAACGGCGGCAACAACUGCAUGGAUAUGAGGAAGAGCGUGUGCUAUCGCAACUUCAAUGACACGUGCGAGAACGAGCUGUCCUUCAACAUGACCAAGAAGAUGUGCUGCUGUGCCUACAAUGUCGGCAAGGCCUGGAACAAACCCUGCGAACCCUGCCCCACCCCAGCUACCUCGGAGUAUCAGAUUCUGUGUGGAAAUCAGGCCCCAGGCUUCAUCAUCGACAUCCACACGGGAAAACCAGUUGACAUCGACGAGUGUCGUGAGAUACCAGGCAUCUGUGCCAACGGCGUGUGCAUCAACCAGAUAGGCAGCUUCCGGUGCGAGUGCCCCAUGGGAUUCAGCUAUAACAACAUCCUGCUGAUAUGUGAAGACAUUGACGAGUGUAACAGCGGCGAGAACCUGUGCCAGCGCAACGCCAAGUGCAUCAACAUCCCCGGGAACUACCGCUGCGAGUGCUCGCCGGGCUACAAGCUCUCCCCCAGCGGAGCGUGCGUGGACCGUAACGAGUGCCAGGAGAUCCCCAACGUGUGUAGCCAGGGCGAGUGCAUCGACACGCAGGGGAGCUACCGUUGCCACUGCCACAACGGCUUCAAGGCCUCCGCCGACGCCACCAUGUGCAUGGACAUUGAUGAGUGUGACAGGCAGCCGUGUGGCAAUGGCACCUGUAAGAACUCGGUGGGCUCCUACAACUGCCUGUGUUUCCCGGGCUUCGACCUCACGCACAACAACGACUGCAUGGAUAUUGAUGAGUGCAGUACUCAGGCUGGCCAGGUGUGUAGGAAUGGCCAGUGCAUCAACAAUGUGGGAUCCUUCCAGUGCCUCUGCCUUGAGGGCUAUGAACUCACUCCUGAUGGCAAGAACUGCGUUGAUCUGAAUGAGUGUGUGACGUUCCCUGGAGCCUGCGCACCUGGCACCUGCCAGAACCUGGACGGCUCCUUCCGCUGCAUCUGUCCCCCGGGAUACUCCGUGCAGAAUGACCAGUGCAUUGAUAUUAACGAGUGUGAGUCGGAGCCCAACAUCUGCCAGUACGGCACCUGCACCAACACACCCGGAAGCUUCCAGUGCGUGUGCCAGCCUGGCUUCGUGCUCUCGGAUAACGGCAGGCGAUGCUUUGAUACCCGUGAGAGCUACUGCUUCACCCGUUUCGAUGCGGGUAAGUGCUCGGUCCCCAAGGCCUCCAACACCACCAAGGCCAUGUGCUGCUGUAGCAAGAUGCCGGGCGAGGGCUGGGGAGACCCCUGUGAGCUGUGUCCACGUGAGGGAGAAGCUGCCUUUGACACCUUGUGUCCUUACGGUCAUGGAACCCUGCCUGGCCAGUUUGGAAGGGAAGACAUGAACGAGUGUUUGGACAAUCCUGGCAUCUGUGGCAACGGCAUAUGCAUUAACACUGACGGCUCUUUCCGCUGCGAGUGUCCCUUCGGGUACAACUUGGACUACAAUGGCCUCAACUGCGUGGACACUGAUGAGUGCUCCUUCGGGAACCCGUGUGGAAAUGGCACCUGCACUAACGUGGUGGGAGGCUUUGAGUGCUCCUGUCAGGAGGGCUUUGAACCCGGACCCAUGAUGACAUGCGAAGAUGUAAACGAGUGUGCCCUCAAUCCGCUGCUGUGUGCCUUCCGCUGUGUCAACACCUUCGGCUCCUACGAGUGCAUGUGCCCCACGGGAUACGUGCUGCGCGAUGACCAGAGGAUGUGCAGAGACCAGGACGAGUGCUCGGAGGGCCUGGAUGACUGUGCCUCUAAAGGAAUGGCCUGCAAGAACCUCAUUGGCACCUUCAUGUGCAUCUGCCCACCGGGCAUGACCCGACGACCCGACGGAGAGGGAUGCAUGGAUCUGAAUGAGUGCCGCACCAAGCCGGGCAUCUGUAAGAAUGGCCGCUGCGUCAACACAGUGGGGAGCUACCGCUGUGAAUGUAACGAAGGCUUCCAGACAAGCUCUACAGGCACAGAGUGCAUAGACAACAGGCAGGGCUUCUGCUUUACAGAGGUCCUCCAGACCAUGUGCCAGCAAUCCUCCACCAAUCGCAACAGCGUCACCAAGUCCGAGUGCUGCUGUAACGGAGGUCGCGGCUGGGGCCCGCAGUGCGAGCUGUGCCCUCUGCCCGGCACCGUGCUCUACAAGAAGAUGUGCCCUCUGGGACCCGGGUACACCACCGACGGCAGAGACGUUAACGAGUGCCAGGUGCUGCCCAACCUGUGUAAGAAUGGCCAGUGCAUCAACACCAUCGGCUCCUUCCGCUGCCACUGUGAUGUGGGGUACAGCCCAGACUUCACUGGAACCACCUGCGUCGAUACGGAUGAGUGCUCCCAGUCUCCUAAGCCCUGUAACUUCCUGUGUAAGAACACGGAGGGCAGCUACCUCUGCUCCUGCCCCAGGGGCUACACCCUGCAGCCCGACGGGAAGUCCUGCAAAGAUUUGGACGAGUGCUCCACCAAGCAGCACAACUGCCAGUUCCUGUGUGUCAACACCAUCGGUGGAUUCACCUGCAAGUGUCCCGCUGGCUUCACCCAGCACCAGACGGCCUGUAUAGACAAUAAUGAAUGUAGCCAGACUGAUGUGUGUGGAUCGCGUGCAUCCUGCCAGAACACCCCGGGCAGCUUCAACUGUGAGUGUGGAAAGGGCUUCUCCCUGGAUUCCACGGGCAUCAACUGCGAAGAUGUGGACGAGUGCGGUGGGAACCAUCGUUGCCAACAUGGCUGCCAGAACAUGAUGGGUGGCUUCCGCUGUGGCUGUCCUCAGGGAUACGUGCAGCACUACCAGUGGAACCAGUGUGUGGAUGAGAACGAGUGUUCCAGCAACCAGGCGUGUGGCUCCGCCUCGUGCUACAAUACUCUGGGCAGCUUCAAGUGCGUGUGCCCCUCGGGCUUCGACUUUGAGCACGGAGGUUGCCAGGACGUGAACGAGUGUUCCAUGGGCAGCAACCCCUGCAGCUUCGGCUGCUCCAACACCGAUGGAGGAUACCUGUGUGGCUGCCCCGGCGGGUACUACAGAGCGGGACAAGGACACUGUAUCACAGGAGCAGGCUUCCCUGGCCAGUUCAACCAGGAUGCUGAUGGCGAGGACACCCUGUCUCAUGAGGCAUGCUACGAGUGCAAGAUCAACGGGGACGCUGGCAAGAACGGACGCCACAGACGAAACGCUGCUGACAAGCAGGAGAAGGUGAGCAUGGCCAGCCUGGACAUCCAGGAGUCCAUCCCCAUGAACGUGUCGCUGGCGUCGCUGCUGAACCGCGAGCCCCUGCUGGAGCUGCUGCCGGCCCUGGAGCCCCUGGAGCACCACGUGCGCUACGUCAUCACGCACGGCGAGCACGCCGACUUCUUCCGGCUGCAGGAGCGGCGGGACGGCAAGAGCAUACUACGCCUGGGCCGCAAGGCGCCGCCGCCGGGCUCCUACCGGCUGGAGAUCGCCAGCCUGCCGCUCUUCGGCCCGCGCCAGCUGCGGCAGCUAGAGGACCAGCAUGACAACGACUACCUGCUGGGCGAGAUCGGAGACGCGCUGCGCAUCAAGCUGCACAUCCACCUGCACUGAGCCCCCACCUUGUCCCCGCCCCAGAACCUUCCCCCGGCCUCUGCCUUCUCCCUCCCACCACCCACCCACAAGUCCUGGACUGUCCCCCUUACCAAACCCUGCAAUACACCCCACCCCACCCCACCCGACCGCCCCCUUUCCCCGCCAUACCUAACCCUCUUUUUCCUGUCACCUUAUCCUUGAUACUUUAUACUACCCAAAGCCGGGCAACGUGGCCCAAAAAAAACUGUGUCGACCACCUACCACUUUUUUUUUUCUUUUGUUUGUUUGCUGUUGUUGUUUUUUUCCAUUGUUACCCAGGGGGCCAUGCAUACUAAGAAGCUGGUUUAGUAGUAAACCAGGUUAAAUUAACCUUGUAGUAGAGGUAAAUCGUCUAAUAGAGGAGCCUGGAGUCUUCAUUUUCUUUACUAAAUGAUGCUGGCAGGUACAUCUAUUAGUAGGUUUACCACUUCCUGUAGGUAGUUUAACUGAGCCUGGUUUAUCACUUAACCAUGUUUUUACUAUACCCCCUGGUCCACUGCCAAUCCCACCCCCUUCCUCCUGGAGUCCCUAUCGAUACCAAAUCCACUAGAUUACAGACAGGUCAUGUGGCUAUUGGCUUUAUUUUAUGAUGGCCAUAGUAGAGACGAGACGAGAGGAGAGAGCUGACAUUUUUGUAAUUCCAACUUAAUAUGUAAAGCUUGCAACACUUGCACCAGGUUUUAGCCCAAAAGGCCAAACAUUCUUUAGGGCUUUGAAGUUUUGCAAACAUGGAGGACUUUUUGCAGAACAUUGAGAAGGAACAAAACAUCUUUGAAGUUUACAGCUAAACAAAUUGGUGCAAAAAAAAAAAUGUUACUUUUCCAUCACUCCGUUGACUUUUCCAGGCUUGGUCAUUAAACCAUUAAAGCCAUGUUGUAAUUUGUAGCUAUCAAUGAAACAUUUGUACAGAAAAAGCAACCAUGAGUAAGUGUCGGUUAGAGAUGCUCCAACCAGCCACUCACCUUUCUGUAAUCUCGUUCAACACUGGGGUGACACAACAGACUCUUGCUUCAAUCAGUAUUCUCUAUGUUUCUCUAUGUAUUGUCGCUGUAUUGUGCUGUUUAAAGAUUUUUUUAAAAAAGCAUUCACAAGAAGGACUGCAGCAAUCAUCAUCACAUUUCAGGUUUCCAGAGAGAGUAGAACAUGGAUCAGUUCUGAAGGGAGGUGAUGUUUUGUAAUGAAUUGGUGCUGUUUUUCAUGUACUGUUGCCCCUGUGCAUUUGCUUGUGCUGUCCCCUCCCUGUUACCUCAACUUCUCUGUCCCUCGUUGUUUGGUCGUGUUGUCGCUGAGUUGUAGUAUUGUAUAUCAACAGCAGGGAGCGCUCUCUGCCCCCACCCAAUUCGCUCAGUGUGACCAGGUAGGGGCAAAAGACACCGCUUCCAUCGAGGAGCUGCAGUUGCUUGUAGUUGUCGUGCACUGAAGCUGCUCUUAAAGAGUUUUUAAUCAGGGACAAAGUCACCAGUAGCAUAUACCAAACAGGUUGUGGACAAUGAUGGAUGGGGCUAUUAACACUACACCACACAAUAGGUGGUCUUGAAAGGAGCAGGUUGAUAAGCCUUUGGUGGAUAGACCAUCAUAAGCCUCACUUCAAACAGAGGUACUUGUAGACACAUUUGCCUUCUCAAUGCAAAAGGGCUUGAAGAGAUCUCACCACUCAUCACAGAGGGGGACAGACACAGGCAAGCACUGGUCCUCUCUGGCCUACCAUUACAUCUCCAUCAGGUCAUAGUUCAUUUGACAUCUUAAUGUUGUUUUGUUUUGUUUUCUUUCUUUGAGAAGAGAAAAGGUGCUAAAUAAUUACAACUCUUUCGCUGUACUAAGAGAAAAUGCAGUCUCGAUUCUUGAUUGCAACAUUUUAUGAGUGUUUUUUCCCUUGUUUUUGUUUUUUGUUAUAUGUUUUUGUCUGUCUCUUGUAAUGUCUUGAUGCUGAAAACCAAUAUUAUACAAACUCGCUUCUUGAAAAAAAAUUUAAUUGUAUAUUUUAAAGUAAAUGGAAGAAUUUUGUCUGAAGAGCAUCACGGCUGCCAAAACACUUACUUGUAAACACGACAUUGAAGGCCUAAAUGUGCUGAUGACUUUGUUUUGCUCAGAUAGAAAAGAAAGCAACCAAUCACAGAGCAGUCAGCUGGCAUCGUUAACCAAUCCCAGGGAGGCCAAUAAAUAUAAAUGAAUAAAUAACGACAAAUAACGUUUACGCUAUGCUCCCACUCUCGUGACCCUACGAUGACCAGCGCUCAGACACAUCACUCAAGCUUCUGAAACCAGCAGCAAAACGUCAGAUUCAGGGACCCGCACAGCGACAGAUCUCCAUGCCUUAGGGACUUCCAUGAUGUAUUUUGCUGUUUAGUCCUGCGGAAGUUGUAAAAUCACAUGGGGCCUGUACUAAGAAGCUGGUUCAGGAGUAAACCAGGUUAAGUUAAGAGGUAAAUCAUCUAAUCGAAGGGCCUGGAGUCGCUCGAGGCUCUUCUUAUUUAUCUGAUUUACCUCUUAACUUGGACGCCAUUUCUCGAAAGCAUCAUUGCUAACCUGUUAGCAACUUACAAGGUUUCCAAUGGGAAAUUGCAUUGCAAUCAAGUAAGCAACGGUGUUGUCGAGAAUGGCACACCUGGUUUACUCCUGAUGCAGCUUCUUAGUGUAGGCCCCUUAUGCUGGGAACCUGUACAACUCUCACAAGGGUCCGUCCCUGUAGCAUGCAUUCACCUCCUGCCUCUGGUGCUGAAACAAAAAAGGAUAUUUCAACUCUGAACAUCAAGGUUACUGCACUGUUGAAACAGCCUGACCUAUAUUUAUACAUAACCAUUUUUUGUUUACCAUGGGAAAACUUUGUAUACUUUGUAUCUUUUUUUGUUUUGUUGGUUUGUUUUUUUAUGACUAUGAUGAUUAUUAUUAUUAUUAUUUUAUUUGCCACUACAUGUAAAAGAAUGUGUGUGUGUGUGUGUGUGUACUGUACUUCAGCUUUAGCAUCAAACUUGAAACACACUUUAACAUCAGUCAAUCUGUUCUCAGUAAUGCUCAGGAUGGUGUGAUGUAUAGGCCCAAUUUCCCAGAAGCCCUUGCAAAGGUUUCCAUGACGAUUUUAUGAGCCAUAACAUUUCAAUGACGAUAACUAAUCUGAACAUCUUGAUUUUUCUCUGUUCAUUGAGUCAAAUAAUCUUUUUUUUAAUACUGAGGAAAUGUGCAUGAUCUCAAGAUCAACGGGCCUAUAUAUCAACCACUCUGAGUAGGCUGCAUACAUUUUUUUUGUAAAGUUUCACCAGACGCAUCGUCCAUCAAUAAACCUUGUGGGUUAUAUUUUUCA